UUCGUGUUAUGUGUGAAAAAAUAAACACCGUAUUCGGGAAGCAAAAAUGUCUAAAGUAUAUCAAUGAAAAAUGGCUGUUAUUCAUAGAUAACUUUUUUCUAAAAUACUGAACGAGUCCCACAUUUCACGCACACAAGAAUUAUAUUUAAUUGAUUUUUUGUGUGUAAUUGAACUAAAUUUUUUAACAAUUAUUACGUCGUAUGUCUUUAUUUUACAGUAGCUUAGUUACUUUUUUAAAGGAAGAGCAAAACAGCCGAAGUUUUUGAGUCACUCAAAUAAAUUAUUUUGCAGAUAUUCUAAUCUUUAUUUCUUGUAAAAAAAGCCUGAAAAUCAAUACUUUUAGAGAGUGCGUUUGCAUUAUAAAAAGAAAAACAAUGGAACAUUUUAAAUGUACGCUUAAUAAUACUAUGGCAUAAGUUGUGUUUUUAAGAGGUCGUUGAAAGUAUUUUGUAACUUGAAUCUUGGAUAUAUAAAUAUAUAUUUAUAUAUGCACAUACUGCUUGCCAUAUUACGUGUUUAUGAUGAAUGAACUUAUUAUUAUUCCGGAUGACAGUCCUGUUCAUGGAAAACAUAAAAGUUAUUUGCACCAAGAAACUGAAAAUAAUGAUUCCCUGUAUGACUACAAAAUCACUGCUCAUGAGAUUUUGCGUUCCAUGACAGGUGAGUAUGAGGUAUUGGAAUUCCUUGGAAAAGGAACCUUUGGUCAAGUUGUAAAAUGCUGGAAGCGUCAUACUAAUGAGUUAGUUGCAGUGAAAAUAUCGAAAGAUCAUCCUUCUUACCGAAAACAAGCUGAGAUAGAAGUUAAUAUACUUAGUUUAUUAAUGCAAGAAGACUCUGAAGAAUAUAACUAUGUAAGGGCUAUAGAGUGUUUUACUCAUAGAAACCACACUUGUGUUGUGUUUGAAAUGCUGCAACAAAAUCUUUAUGAUUUUCUUCGCAGUACAAAAUUCAAACCCUUAAGUUUAAAAUAUGUAAGACCAAUACUUCAUCAAGUGGCAACAACACUAUUAAAGCUUAAGCAAAUGAAUUUAAUUCACUCAGACCUUAAACCCGAAAACAUAAUGUUAGUAGAACAAGAACGCCAGCCAUAUAGAGUAAAAGUAGUUGAUUUUGGUAGUGCAACUCAUACCUCAAAGGCUGUAGCAUCUAGUUACCUUCAGAGUCGAUAUUACAGAGCACCUGAGAUAAUUUUGGGACUUCCAUUUGAUGAAGCAAUCGAUAUGUGGUCAUUAGGUUGUGUUGCUGCAGAGUUGUUUCUUGGUUGGCCGUUGUAUCCUGGUCCUAGUGAAUAUGACCAGAUAAGAUACAUUACACAAACCGAAGGUCUUCCGCCUCAGCAUCUAUUGCAAGCUGCCGCACCAUCAAAACGAAAUCGAUACUUUAAAAGAGUACUUGAUAUGUAUGGGCAGUAUGAGUGGGUACUCAAGAGAUCUGAUGAGUAUGAACAUGAUUCAGGAAGAUUAAGAAAAGAGGAAAGUAGUAGAAGAUAUAUAUUUAAUCAUCUUGAUGAUAUUAUAUUGAAAAAUUUUCCAUCGAGCUUAAGUCAUAGUGAUAGUACUGCUGAAAGAGUUGACAGAUCUGUUUUUGUUGAUCUUUUGAAGAAAAUGCUUGAAUUAGAUCCUGCUAAAAGAAUAAAACCUGCCGAAGUUUUGCGUCAUCCAUUUUUUACAUUUACUCAUUUGACACAAUUCUAUUAUUGCAAAAUUGUUCAAUCGUCUGUAAAAGUAAUGGAUGCUGUAGCUUAUUUAAAAACUCAAGCAAUAGCCCAAAGAAAUGCCUCAUUAGUAACAUUACCUACUGCUUCUUCAUUACACAUGUGCGAUGUUAAUGCUUGUCAUUUACAUACUUACUAUCAGCAACGCAUGCCUCUUACUUCUUCCAAUCAAAAUUUAUCUCAAUACGAGUCACAGUAUCUAGCAUCUGUCUCUUCAUUACAAAGGCUUCCGUUUUAUUAUUCAAUGAGAGAACCGUUCAUAAAGAUGCAGCAAGCACCCCCUGCUUCAACAAUUCCUAUGCCUCCAACAUCUUGGCAAAACUCCCUAGAAGAUGGAGGCUAUAUGUCAGACGAUCAAGUAGGUAGUCCAGUCCACAAUAACUCUUGGAUUCGUGCUGUUGAUACACAUCCAAAGCAAGUUAAUACAAGUUCUGUUGCUCCAUCAUGGAGCAUGUGGAAUCCGGUUCCUUUUCCUAUUUGGCAAUUUCAUCUAAGCGCUAAUAAUACUCCUGAACAUUACAUGACGUCAUUUUGUAUUUCCCCUAAUGAACAUCCGCGUUGUAGUCAAAGAACUUCGCCUAUUUUUAUCAAAGAUAGUCCUUCUUCUCCUUUAAGCGUGAUUACAAUAUCAAGUACUAGUGAGAGCGAAGAAGACAUGUCGUUUAGUUGUGAUAUGCAUCUUAGUAAAAGAAACGAAGGCAGAUUUAAUCACUAUGAUGUUGGAAAAGCUUGGCAAUUUGUUCCUUAUAACUCUAGAAAAUGUGUGGCAGAAACUCCGAGUCCUGUACAAUCUCGAAAUUUAAGAGAGCUACCGGUAUUGCAUAACAUAAGAAGUCCGCAAAGUACAUUUACUGAAAGAAAUACUCAUUUAUUAGGAAGUGCUUUUAUGGAUUUGCGAUAUCUCCAUCCAACAGCAGAACAAGUUGUCUGUAAACAAGAGCCUGUUAGUCAAGGUUUUGAUUCUCAUCAAGAGUUUGUAACAUCCUUACCAUCUUUGGUUCCUUCCCUAAAUUCUUUUAGUCCUGUUGCAAUUGUUCCAUCGUUAACAUCCUCAACAAAACAUAUGUAUCCCUCGUGUUAUAUAUCUCCUGUAUCAAACGCUUUGCGGCAACAAACCAUGGUCGUGCCAUCAAAUCAUUCUGUUUCAAGUGCUUUUCACGCCGAUUUAUGUAGUGCCCGUUCUGAAUACGUUGGAAUGCACAUCGGAAACACCUUGUCUAACCAACAUGUCUCUUGUAAUCAUUGUUGUAUGAGUCGUAUUCCUUCUCCGUGUUCUCAAUCUUAUGGGACGUCUUUACACCGCCCUGCUUUUCAAGCAGUGUCUCAAUCAGAAUUAUCUUGUCCUACUUAUUCGUAUUUCGGUCGGUGACUUUAAAAAAUACUUAUUGUUUUAUAUAUUAAGCGAUAUUGCUAAUUCCUAUAUGUCUUCUUUUAUACCGUUUGAUUAUGUAUGAAAAGCUUGUUUUUAAUGUUCUUAUAUAAAGGCGAAAUAUUUCUUUAUAUAUAGUUAAUUCAAAAAAUCUUUAAAACUUUCGAGGAAAGACUUAAAAAUUAUUUUUAAAUAUAAAUGCGUUUUAAACUCGAACUUUAUGAUUUAUAAUUUUAUUUAAAUAGCUUUAAAAUGAUAUCUUUUAAUUAUAUGAAUGAAAUGAAAAGAACAAUUGAAAGAAAUGUCAUUUCAAAACUUUACACGAAUGUUUUUUAAAGUCUAUUGGUAUAUAUUGAAAUAUAUUUCUUUCAAUUUUCAAAUUUUGAAAUUCAGAAUGUUUAUUAUGAAAUUUUUUUUGCUUAUUUUGGAAUAAUUUAGGGAAAAUAUUUAAAUUUUUUGAAUAAUUGCCAGGUUCAAGUGAAAAUAGUUUUUACGAAUUCACAUUGUGACGACUGGUUCCAAAUCACGAAUUUUAUGUAAAUACAGACCAGCGAUAUUUCUUAAAUUGCGUAAUCUCUAAAUUUUUUUAAGUUGGUUAGGAUUCUAUGGGGUUCUAUAAGCAUGUGCGUAGAUAUUGUUGUAUAUAAACGGCGAAUUUCUUAAAUUAUUGUAUUUGUGGUCACCAUGUACGUUUGUGUUAGUAUUUGUAAAUGUUCGUAGCAUUUGUAAAAGCUUUUAAAAUAAAUGUGGAAAUGAAGUAAAAAGUAAAAACA